AAUCUCAAUUUAUAAAGUCGUUCCUGCGCGUGAAAUUCCUCAAGUUUGGAUCUUUUGUUCGAAGUUUAAAGUAGAGAGGAAUUUCUUUAGUGAUACCAGGGUUAAAGAUAAACGCUUUUAAAAGACAUCUUCGGUAAAAGUACAGACAGAAACCAGUGAGUUUAGAGUGUUUGUGUUGUUCGACAGAGGAGUAAAAGUCCUAUGGAAAGGAAAAGGAGGGGAAGGAGAAAGGUAACCAGGAGGAGCUGAGGAAGGAGCAGACUGGAGUGGACUACUGAAAACCAGCUAAUGACAACUCACCAGCCUCAGCCCUGUUUAUAGCUCUGGAAAACAGAUGGAGAUAGAAGGAGAGAAGGAGCGUCAGAGACAACAGAGAGACGAGAAGGAGUGUAACGAGGCGGAGGACGACAGGAACACUGAUGAUAAUAGUGACAAUGAAGAGGACGCUGAUGAAGACUCAGAGGGAGCAGCACUUGUCUGGCAGGAAGGCUACAGUGAGGACAACGAAGGCCUUCCCAUCAUGCACUGGGAGGCACUGAGUCUGCGUAUCGCCGAGUUGGAGAAGCAGGAAGAAGAGAAGAGGGAGAAGAGAGCAAAGGCUGGAGUGUCUCUGGAACGAGGCCGGGCUCCUGUGGGCUGGGCCGAAGACCGGGGGAGGAGAGCCGAGAGCUGGGAUGAUGGAGAUGACGCCUGCAACAGUCAUGUUCUGGCUCUAACCUCCCGUCUACAGACGCAGAUGAACCUGCAGCUUUGCUUCAUUAACAACAGUGAAAGUGAGGAAGAGGAGGAGAAGGAGGCAGCAGUGAGUAAGAAGGAGAGCUCCAACACACAGGUGACUGCUCACGCUCAGAAGAAUCCUCAGCCUUCUGCAAAAUCAGAGAAACCCAAAGCACCCCGAGGCUUCAGGAACACUCUGAGGAGCCUCCGAGACCGGCUGAGGACAGACCACAAACCACUGACUGCGACUCGUGCUGAUGCUGUCAUCCAAAGAAGACAUUUGGAGCGCAGUGAUUUACAGAGUUUCACUGUCAAAGAUCUCAAUAAACUCUGCACAUCUCACAGACAAGCCAUACAAGACCUGAGUUCAGAGCUGGUGGGCCGUCUCCAGGUUCGGGACCAGCUGAGAACGGAGCAGGAUGCCAUGCUGUUGGAGGUCCAGGAUCUGACGUCCCUGUGACCCAGUCUAUCCCCAUAGGUCCUGCUGUCAGGAUUCUUCCAACCACCACACAGACAUUUUGGCACCAAUGCUGUGAACAUAAAUGGAUAUCAGACGAUGCCAGAAACAUCUCAGAGUGGCCAUUCACUGUGAAGAGGGUCCUCCCUCAAAGGACCCCCUAUUGCACCGUAUUGUUCAUGUCGUUUCUGUUUUAUGUUUGAAAGUAUUUUUGUAUGGCACUACGAGUGUAGCAGCAACGAGCGAUCAAAGUUAUCGUGCAGCAGGUGUUUGAUUUUGGGGAUCUGUAAAGUGAAAAUGAGAUGCUCUGCUGAUUUUUUUUCUUUUUUUGGGGGGGAUAAUGUAUCUGUUUACUUCAGUGAGUUCAACUUUGCUGAAUGAUCACAAAAUAUUCAAAGUUUUGCUCUUAGUCCAAAAAAGACCGAAUUCCUAAUAUUCCUUCCUAAUUUCCCUGUUCACACACAACUACACAGUCCCAAAUUAAAAAUUUUUUUCAACAUUUGAUCACAAUCUAUUGAUAUCCUCCACGAUAUCACGAAUCUGAAAAGGAAUAAUCAAUACAUCUGCACUUAAGUUUAUUUAGGGAUGAGAAUGAUGGUAGAUGUGGUCUUCCUGAUGGAUCAUAGCAAGCAGUGUCAGAUGUGGAGUGGAUCUACAUUUAUGCAUACUGGUGGGGGUCCUUUACAUGUUAUUAUCAGCCUUUCGAUGCACUCUAUCAUGACCCGGGUGAGUGCAGAUCGGUGAAAGUAAGGCAUGACACUGUUGAAGUGUUUGGCGCAGGUACAGUGGUAGAUGUUGAAACAAUAGGCUUAGAUACUGAGGUCUUAAAUACGAUCUCUGAACCACUGAGCACUGCUGCAGAAGGACACUGCCCAGGAUACCAUAAGGGAAUGCAGCUUUGUAGGGGUGGACAUCAGCCCUUUUUCCGCUGUAGUAACUUUUCCAGGAACUUUGGAAAAACCUCAGCACAUUUCCACCAGAAUCGUCAGUGUAAAAAAAACUGUCCCUCAACCCCAAAUUUCCUUGACAAAAACUGUCAGCAAAAGAGCACACUGCUAAAAUCAAAAUCUUACCAAGUCUGUUUUUCUCAUUUCUAGACAAAAUAUCUCAUCACACUUACAAUAAGACAUAAUCACCUAAAGAGUAACUUUUCAGUGAGAUAUAAGAACUUAU